CCAAAAAUUGGGGUUUAGUUCAUGACGAAAUCAAAAGAUAUAAUCAUGUUCUUAAUUAUCAUGUCACGAAUCAAAGCAAAGGAAAAAAAAUACUGAAAUUUUCUUCCCUGCCCUGCACUCGAUCGCCCCGCGCCAGCUGCUUCUCCGCGAUCCCAACUUGCGCCGCGCCGCUGCUUUUCUUCGCCCAAAAAGCAAAUCCCUUCAGAGAAUUUUCCUUCCUUCCAAUUCCUUGUCCCCAUCCCAAUUAAUCCCUACCUCCGGUCCUUCUUUUGCUAUCACUAAUUAAUUUCCCCUUGGUCCAAAUCUCCCUCCCAAUAGCUGCUCCGCCCCUGUUCUGUCCUCAAGGCCCAAAUCCUCCUGGCCCAAACAAUUCCUCCAUCCGUCCAAGCCCAAAGAGAAUUCCAGCCCACAAAAGUCCAGUCCCGGUUCAACUCCUCAGUAAGUUCCGGUCCAAUGUACAUCCAGUCCACUUGAAUUAUUCUAUCCACCAAUGCAAAUUUCUCGUUUCAUUUACCUGAAAUAUAUAAAACAUUUGGCACUUGAUGGUAAUGGUUUUAUAACCAUUCCAGACUAAGUUGGACCUCAAAAAAAUAUUAUAGGUCUCAAACAUAUCAUGAAAUAAUCACAUUAAGCACGCAAAAUCAAUAUGUUUUCGACAAUUAUCACCAAACCGCUGGAUCGAGACUUUGUCGACUGCUUCUCAUACUUUUAUCGGCUCAGCAUGAUACCCACAUUUUCUCCCUUCUCGAUGCGUCUCAUUGGAUCCAAAUCAUUUACCACCAAAUUUAAGGAGAGACCACAGAGUCCCUCGAGGCCCUAUGAAAAAUUCAUUCAUCAAUGGAAAAGAUGGGUACAACGUCGAGACCUAGUGUCCACCCCCAUUUGCACCAAGUUCCCGACCUCCGAACUCUACAAUCCUCACUAUGCUUCUCGCCAAUUCGUCCUUGUCUAGUCGUGGCCUUUGACUAUGCCACAUUCGCCUCAACUCGCCGAUCCUACCGGUCGCAGGAACUUAAAUAGUGAUGAAGCACACAAUUUGAAGUUAUGGCAAGACGGGCUCAUAUCAAACGUCGAAUUUAGCCCCUUCAAACAUUCUGAGAAUCAGACUUCAACGAUCUUUUCCAAAUUACUCCCAAACCGACUGGAGGCAUUUGGACUCUUCAAUGGUGAUGCGGUCCAGAUAGCACAAAGCUUACUACCAAUUAAACUAACGGCUAUUCCCCGGGGAAGCCAAGUGUCAUCUCUCGACAAACAAGACAAAGGAAAACAGUCGUCUACAUCCAAAGUAGCUGUCAAGCACCGUUUAUGUAAGUGGCCUCCUAAUUCAUCCUUAGUCCCUUUUCCUUCUUCUUCUUUGUUUCAUACGUACGUGGCCUCUUGAUAUCUUCUACUUGCUUUCCUUACAGCACUUAAUGAAAAUGAAUCCCCACCAAGGCCACCAAAACGUAUCCAACCCCAAGAGAGUGAACACAUAAAUGUCAAGCUCCAUCUUAUACUCCUAACGUGGUACUAUUCAUGCCACCUUCUCUUACUAGUCUCCAUCAUGUCAUUUCUAGUCACAAACGGUGGAGCUGAAUGAGGAAUCCGAAGAUGCGGGCACGGAGAACUAUGAAGAAGUUGGUGACAAGGGUGGCCAACCAAUUAACUUGGAAGAUUUAGACUCUGAUGCCGAUUUCUCUAAAACAUAUUCUGAGGAUCACGAAGUACCUACCCGCUCCAACUCUCACCUCGUCACUAGCCAAGCAACUAGCCCUCUAUCCAUUCCCACGAUGAAGCGAACUACAACUCAAACCCCUCCUGACAAACUCGGCUUUGGGAGCUUCGUGACUAGACAUCUUUUGACCUCAGAAGGCACAAGUGGUGUCACCGUGUCUGAGUUGUUCACCACCAGCUAGAAUGCCUUUGCUUUAAUCGCAAACCCCUUGGUCUAUACCCCAACCAAUGAAGAGGCUACUGACGAACUAGAGGAGACAAGGGAAAGAUUGAAAGCCACGCCGCGGGAAACCAUCAUUCCUGCCGAGGAAGGACGCCAAGCUAGCCCCGUUGAUAAUCCACCUAUUACUCAAACAACUAGCCCUGUUGACUUGGUAAGUAUAUCUAUUUUUUCAUCUGUCUACUCCCAAUUCUAGGUCAUGUCAUAACGUACUUCACCCUUCUUUUUUUCUUUCUUUUUUUCUAAAGGGCAUGGCCAGUCUUGAUGACAACCUUGCAUAUCUGAAAAACUUUGAGAGUCAAUUUCAGAGGGUCCUGUCCCCACAAGAAAUCCUUCUCCUUCCUCCAUCAAGGGUGCUUUGACGGCAGUGGGUGAAUUCCUUACCCCCUCCCUUGAAGAAGCCAUGGGGGCUUUAGACACAAUGUGGCCUCAAGAAGCCUUCGACCUCCUUACCAAGCUCGAGCUUCACCUCUCAGUCCUAGGGAUAGAUAUGGAGCAGAUGCUACUAAUGCAGAGUGCUUCCUCGGAGAUCAAGUCGUGGUUUGCCGCCAUUGAGAGUGCUCGCGAGCUUUGGGACAAGUUGGCACGUGAAGAAGAGACUAAAGUCACCACCCGCUCCUCUCUUCAAGAGGAGUUGGCCAAAGGAAGAUCUACAUCAAGCGAGGUGGCUUCAUUUCAAGCUAAGGAAGCUACCCGCAAGGCACGCAUUGAUGAACUGAAGGCAGAGCUCCAACAUCUUGAAGAAGAAGAAACUUAAGAGAGGUCUCGAAAAGAAAAAUUGGCACGAUAUCUUCAUGAGUCAGCAACCAAGAUCCGUGCUCUUUGUGAGAAAGAAGAAUCUCUCAUGCAUAUAAAUGAAAUUUCCCUUCAACGAGCCAAGGCUAUCCAGAUUGAUCGCGAGAACAAGUCCAAAUCCACCAAGUUGAAGGCUACCUUCGAUGAGAUCCUCAAGACCCUUGAUGCUUGAAGCAUCUUUGUUUUGUUUUGAUCAUACUUUUGAACAGUCAGUUUAGCCAUUAUUGUGGCUUUUGAUUUUGUCUUUAAUUUUUUUGGAUUUCAUGGAUUGAUUCUCGUAUGGCCGUUGUUGAAAUUUUUUUUUUACGCCCGCGUUCUUUUCACGUCCUAGGCUAGCCAUGUGGUUCAAAGUAUAUGAUGGCUCCCAUACCUAGCCAAACUCUGGCUCUCGAUGGACAAGCCAACACGUCUAGAUGGAACUCUUCGUCAAAGUUUAGCCCACUCCUUAGCCAAAAUUUGGUCUUCGCGUCAAACCAACAUGGCAAGAUGGGACUUGACAUCAAAGCUUGUCUUAUGCCUUAGCAUCGAGGCUUGUUCCAUGCCUUAGCCAAAUUUUGGCUCUCAAUGAUCAAGCCUGCAUGACCUUCCUCCUCAUUACACGCCUACUAGAUCUUCAAAAUAAAUUAGGAGGCAAACCUACUUAACUCCAUUAAUCUUCCCAAUUUCAACGACGCUUUGGCAUGUAAUUCGAUCACUUUACUCAGGAAAAAAUGACCUCUCAUCCCAAUUUCGGCUCAAUGUGAUAGUGGCCUUUUAAUGGUUCUUCGUUGUUGCCCCCUCCCCAUCCAACGUCUGCGGCAGGGAGCAAGCCACUCCUCCCUUCCUAGCUCGGCUACUAAACCAACUCAAAGGGAGACAUCAUGCUAACCAAGGCCACUUACUAUUUUGCCUUCUUCCUCCAUCCUGUUAGUUAAUUGCUCAAUUAAAGUGAAAUCGAGUU